CCGUUGAAAUUGAUCAUGCUGUCUGGGGGCUCAAAUUAAGCUAGACUCGCUUUGAAGCCGAACCCGUCGUCUCCGUUCCUUGGAUUUCCGACUUGAGAGUGUGAAGGGGAGUUCGCCGGACGUGAAGAAAUAUGGCUCUCCAAUUGCAGAGCUUUCGCUCAACUGCAGUCGCUUUCUUCUCCGACUCUUCAAAAUUCAGCUUUAGCCGAAGAUUGCAGGUGGCAUUGGUUAGUGGAAGGUCGUGUUCAUGUCCUAACAGGACCUUUGCGACUGUGAAGCAUGUGAGAGUUCAACUUCAGAAAAAAAAAAGGAGAUUAGAUGAGGUAUGCCUCGAGCGGUAUCAGCAAUAUAGCCGAACGUUCAUUCAGUCAUGGAUAUUACAAGGGAAAGUUUUGGUAGAUGGAAGGGUGAUAAAUAAAGCUGGAACACCUGUAUCUGAGAAAUCAGUUGUAGAGAUAAAAGCUGAGAUUCCAAAAUAUGUAUGUAGAGCUGGAUUCAAGUUAGAGGCUGCUAUUGAACAACUCAGCAUUGAUGUUGUGGGAAAGGUGGCACUUGAUUCAGGGCUUUCAACAGGUGGCUUUACUGAUUGUUUGCUUCAGCAUGGCGCAACCUUUGUAUAUGGUAUAGAUGUAGGUUAUGGUCAGGUAGCUGAGAAAAUUCGACACGAUGACCGUGUCUGUGUCAUUGAACGAACAAACUUGAGAUAUCUAUCUGGAUUGCCAAGAGAAGUGGACUUGGUGACCUUAGAUCUAUCAUUUAUUUCUAUCCUUUUGGUUAUGCCUGCUGUCGUCAAAGUUAUGAAGACAGAAUCUACAUUGGUAACUCUUGUUAAGCCUCAGUUUGAAGCUCAUAGAUCCCAGGUUGGAGGAGGUGGAAUUGUAAGAGAUCCUCUUGUGCAUCAAGAGGUUCUUGAAAGAAUAAUUAAAGGCGUGGAGGAAUUCGGAUUUUGUAACAAAGGCUGGAUAGAGUCACCAAUAAAAGGAGCAGAGGGGAAUACUGAAUUCCUCGUUUGUUUUCAGAGAAUAGCAUCUAAUGAAGCGGCAUCAUAAAAAUUGUAUUAAUUAAUUUUUAGGUUCUGGCAGAGGUUAGUAGAAGCUUGUGAAAUAUUUAUUAACAUAUAUAGUUGAGAAGCUAAUAUAUUUUACAUCAAUUACAUGUAGCUUAAUUUUAUUCCUUUA